AUGGCUGGCUGGUCAUGGCUUCAUGCAGCUGAGUAUGCAUGGGACUGGGCUGCUGAUGGUAUAAACUACAGGGUCAUCCCUGAGCUCCAAAGCAGCCCCCUGGUGUUGUGCUGCCUAUGUGUAACUACAGUGCUGCUGAUAACAGUGGCUUACAUGCGCGCAGCCGCAGCGGAUGCCAGGGCACUUUAUCUGCUAGAUUUCGCAGUAUUUCAGCCCGACGAGGAGAUCUACAAGACGACAAAUGAGCAGCUACUGAACUUGGCGCUUGAAAGCUUUCAUUACCCAGCUGAGUCCAUGAAGUUCAUGCGUCGGAUAUGUGAGGGGACAGGCUUAGGCCCGUCUACACAUAUUCCAAGAUCCCUGAGAGAUUUCAACUGUACUAUUAAGACUGCAAGAGAAGAGGCCGAGCUGGUCAUAUUCGGCGCAAUUGACGCCCUCCUGGAGAAAACAGGGAUAGACCCUAAGGCCAUUUCGGGGGUAGUAACUAACUGUAGCCUCUUUUGUCCUACACCCAGCUUCUCCGCUAUGAUCGUCAACAAGUACGGGCUGAACAAGAAUGUAAGAAGCUUUUCUUUGGGUGGCAUGGGGUGCUCUGCUUCUAUUAUUGGAGUCGAUCUUAUCAGAGCCAUAAUGCAUGAUUCUCCAGGACUUAUACUGCUAGUAUCAACAGAGAACAUGACACAGAAUUUUUAUCGCGGAGAAGAGCGCAGCAUGCUGAUGCAGAACGUGCUAUUUCGGAUGGGCUGCUCUGCUGUUUUAUUCUCCAACAAUCCAUCAUAUAGGAUAAAGGGAUCUAGAAGCGACGCAAGGGACCCAAAAACCAUAUAUGCAAAGUACAAGCUUCUGGGACUCGUGAGGACUCACCACGGGGGGAGCGACGACAGUUACAGAUGUGUAUACCAAACGGCUGACCAAAAGGGCAAUAUUGGGGUCAUCAUCAAUAAAAGCGUUCCGCGGUGUGCAGGAAAGGCGCUGCAUGACAAUAUGAAGAUAGUCUUUAAGAAAUUCAUGCCAGUAACGGAAAUAUGCCGGUUCUUGUGGCAUCAAAUGCUCAGUAACGUUCGGAAGACAAGCAGAAAAGAUGCUGCUCCCUUUAUGCCUAAUGUGGGUAAAAUAUUUAACCACCUGUGCUUUCACACAGGUGGUCGUGCAGUACUGGAUGAAAUGGAACGACUGCUGCACCUCAGUGAGCAACAGAUGGCUGCCUCAAGAGCCACUCUUUACCGGUAUGGUAACACAUCCAGUAGUUCUGUUUGGUAUGAGCUUGCCUAUCACGAAUGCCAAAGUGGAGUUAAGCCCGGCCACAAGGUGUGGCAAAUAGCAUUCGGCAGUGGCUUCAAAUGCAACUCUGUAGUGUGGCAAGCUACAGAUGCAUAUCACAUGACUGUCCCAACCACAUUUGACAAAACAAACCCUGAUUUUUCGUGGGACCUCGCCAAGCAGACCUCCCACUUGCUAUCUGACUAUGAAAAGGCCAGGGACUACGAUAAAGAAUGUGCCAUUAACACCCAGAAAGACGACGACAAAGAUUACAAGGGCUUUUGCAGCAGGUUCAAGGAUCGUCUAGAACGCGAUUUUGGUACUAAAGGGUGCGACGUAAAGGAAAUACUGGCCAAAACUUGCACUGAAAUGGUUAAUUAA